AUGUAGGAAAAUCAGGACACUCUUAAGAUAAAAUUCAACAGAUUCGAGAGAAAAAUUGUGAUCCUCCUCUUCCUCACAUUGACCAUUUUAUUAGCGCUACUUUUGGCUAAUGCUAGUAUAUUUUCAUAUUUAAACUCUAUGUUUUAGUAAUGCAAGCAAAGGAAUGUGGAGAUGAUGCUGCUAAUUGGAAAUUAGGCAUUUCCAAAGGAUUAAGAUACUUUUGAUGAUUACAAGAAAUUUUAAAUAGUGAAUUUCUUGGCUUUUGGUGUUUCUGAAUUUGUUCCUAUUGCUCUAUGGACUGCUUUGAAAGCACCUGAAGACUUCUUUAACCUUUACAAUGUUCUGCCUAUUCAAAAGUUCUCAAUAUUCCAAUCAAGAGGUGGUGAAGGUAUGAAAGGUUCAAGACUUUCAGUUAAGAGUAUCUAGGAAGAUGACGAUGGCAAAAAUUCAAUAGUCUCAAGAAAUUCUGAAACUGAUGAGUUACUCUAUAAUAGGCACAACGAUGGAAGGUCAAUCUGA